GUGUACGUGCUAUACGCCAGGUACCAGUCCCUCCUCGCCUAAUCGUCACUAUGGUAACCUGAAGCUUAUCGCAAAGCGGAUGUGACGUAGGGUGGGCUGAGGGACGCCGGAAGCGGAGGGAGCUGUCACUGGCAGCCGCCUGGAGCUGCACCCGGAAGUCGGUGUUGGCGGCACCGGGGACAUGAAGCAGGACGUGAGGAUCCUCCUCCUGGGGGAGGCCCAAGUGGGGAAGACAUCUCUUAUAAUGGCUCUGGUGGGAGAGGAGUUCCCAGAUGAGGUGCCAGCCCGUGCAGAGGAAAUCACCAUACCCGCCGAUGUGACGCCAGAACGAGUCCCCACCCACAUAGUGGAUUAUUCAGAAGUGGAACAGACGGAGGAGGAGCUCAGGGACGAGAUUGCAAAGGCGAAUGUGGCCUGCAUUGUCUACGACGUCACUGAGCUGUCCACUAUAGAGAAGAUCGCCUCAAAGUGGAUUCCCCUGGUGAACGGCCAUGCAGAGCGGAACUCGAGGCUUCCCAUAAUCCUGGUGGGGAACAAGUCAGACCUGCAGUGCGGCAGCUCCAUGGAAUCUAUUCUGCCCAUUAUGAACCAGUUCUCUGAGAUCGAGACCUGCGUAGAGUGUUCCGCUAAGAACCUGAAGAACAUAUCUGAAGUCUUCUACUACGCCCAGAAAGCUGUCCUACACCCCACCGCACCAUUGUAUGACCCAGAGGAGAAGCAGCUGAGGCCCCAUUGCAGAAAAGCUCUGACCAGGAUUUUCACCAUCUCGGACCAGGACAACAACCAGAUUCUGAGCGAUGACGAGCUAAACUAUUUCCAGCAGUCCUGCUUUGGGAACCCAUUGGCGCCUCAGGCCUUGGAAGAUGUGAAGAUGGUUGUAAGGAAGAAUACAGCAGAUGGAGUGCGGGAGAAUGGACUGACACUCAGCGGCUUUCUCUUCCUCAACACCCUGUUCAUCCAGCGUGGGCGCCACGAGACAACAUGGACCAUACUGAGACGUUUCGGUUAUGACGAUGCCCUAGAGCUUACUGACGACUACCUCUACCCACCGCUCCGAGUUCCCUAUGAUUCCUCCACCGAGCUAAACCAUUUUGGCUACCAGUUCCUGCAGAAGAUUUUUGAGAAGCACGACCUGGAUGGCGACGGUGCCCUAAGUCCUUCAGAGCUUCAAAGCUUUUUCAGUGUCUUCCCAUAUACUCCCUGGGGCCCUGAGCUGCAGAGCACAGUGUGUGUGUCAGAGAAGAGCCUGCUGCCCCUUCACGGGUUCCUUUGCCAGUGGACGUUGGUGGCCUAUCUAGACGUACACCGAUGCCUGGAACACUUGGGUUAUCUGGGAUAUCCCAUCCUGUGCGAUCAGGACAGCCAGACGCGAGCAAUCACCGUGACCCGGGAGAAGAGGAUAGACCUGGAAAAGGGACAGACGCAGAGAACCGUCUUCCUGUGCAAAGUGAUUGGACCCCGCGGGACGGGUAAAUCUGCUUUCCUGCGAGCGUUCCUGGGGCAGAGCCUUGAGGAGCAGCUGCAGAGCCGCAGGGAGCCUUCCUUCUACUCCAUAAACACGGUGCUCAUCGGGGGUCAAGAGAAGUAUCUAAUUCUCUACGAAGUGGACGUGGACACCGAUUUCCUGAAACAGUCGGACGCGGGCUGUGACGUCGCCUGUUUGAUGUAUGAUGUCAGUGACCCGAAAUCCUUCAACUACUGCGCCAGUAUCUACAAGCAACACUACAUGGAGAAUCAGACACCCUGCCUGUUUGUGGGGUGUAAAUGGGACCUUGGGGAGGUGAAGCAGCAGCACGGAAUCUCUCCAGCCGAAUUCUGCCACAAACACCGGCUGCCAACCCCCUACCACUUCACCUGCCAGGGGGCUGCGGACAUGGCCAUCUACAGCAAGCUGGCGACAGCCGCCGCCUUUCCAAAUUCCACUGGAGGAAGUAUCAGUUCAUUCUCAAAGGGAGGAACCUGUCCUAUUAUAAGAUACGAGGGAAUAACGACAAAGAGGAGGAGCUCUGGGGAACCAUAGACGUGCGAGAUGUACUGUCAUUGAUCAGCAUGGAUACAGUGGGGUCACGUUACCCUAUGGAGGUGACGUUGAAGAGUGGAAAAGUCGUCUUACUG